AUGGAGAAUGUGACUUCACCUGGGGAGCGGUCACUUCCCACUGCUCUGAAGGCGAUGGCCGGAGGCGGGCACCGACCCUGGACUCACCUCAGCCCCAAGCCUGCGCGGAGUCACCGGGACACGGCACAUCUCCCGGCGGCGCUGGCCCUCGCCGCGGACAGCGAGGCGGCUGCAGUGAUGUUAUCGUCUGAAGACUCCAGCAUCUCUCGCGGAGAGAACGGGGGCUGCGAGGAUAGUAAAGAAAACUCGAAUCCCACUCACUCCAGCGCCAGGGUCGCUCAGCUAGAUUCACUUCCGGGUCCGCAGCAAACUGCGCAGGCGCAGAAGGGAGUGACGGGACAGAGGGCAGGAUCCUGGCUUAGUGGGGCGGGCAAGGGGUGGGACGUGAUGCGGAGGAAGUGGGCGGGGUGGGGGCGGAGUCAACGAAUCUCAGACUCAAAGACAAUAAUUGGGCACUUGGAGCUGAUGGGAUGGUUGUCAGAUUUGACAAUGGGGAUGAUCUUCUUAUUACAAACCAUCACUGGAAUCCUGGGGAAUUUCUCACUUCUUAGCCAUUAUCUCCAUCUCCACUUCACAGGAUCCAAGUUUAGGUCCACAGAUCUGAUCAUCAAACACCUGACUGUAGCCAACUGCUUAUUCAUUCUCUUCAGAGGAGUUCCCCAAACCAUGGCAGCUUUGGGGAUGAAGCAUUUCCUCAGUGAUAUUGGGUGCAAGCUUGUGUUCUAUGUGCACAGAGUGAGCAGGGAUGUGACCACUGGCAGUACCUGCCUUUUGUGUAUCUCUCAGGCGAUUACCAUCAGUCCCAGGAACCCUAGAUGGGCAGAGUUUAAAGCAAAAGUUCCCAAGUACAUUGGCCUCUCCAAUAUCCUCUGCUGGAUGCUUAUCAUGGUACUAAAUGUCAUGGUGCCUAUGUAUGUAACUGGGAAAUGGAAUGACAAAAAUAUCACCAAGAAAGCUGAUUAUGGCUAUUGUUAUUCAGUCAUUAGUGACAGAUUAAUAGAGUCCGGAGCACUGUAUGCAGCACUGGUGUUAUUUCGAGAUAUUGUCUUUCUUGUGCUCCUGCUGUGGGCCAGCAGCUUCAUGAUUUUCACCCUGUACAAACACAGGCAGCAGGUCCAAUACAUCCAUGGGACCAAUAUCACCUCCAGGUCCUCCCCAGAGUCCAGAGCCACCCAGAGCAUCCUCGUCCUGGUGAGCACCUUUGUGUCUUUGAGCACUCUCUCCUCCAUCUUUCACAUUUGCUUGGUUGUUUUAAAUAAUCCCAGUGUGUGGCUGGUGAACACUACUGCCCUGGUUGCUGGGAGUUUCCCAGCUGUGAGCCCAUAUAUUCUCAUGAGACAUGACUCCAGAGUGCCCAGGCUCAGCUGUGCCUUCACAGGGAAUACAGGAUCCCCUACCUAG